UUUCGGUACAACAAUGAUGUCGCCGGUGGUGUUUUAGGUUAACUUGUAAAAGAUUUAUGUAAUUUAAGUGAUAUUCGGUGUUGUGAAAAUGGACAGUAGGAUCACAGUAGGUGAUCCUGACGUCGAGGAGAUAAAUAAUGAAAUAUUCAGCGACAUAGAGCCAGUGAGGUGGGAGAACGACGAUAGUAAUUAUGACUUGGACGAUAUCAACAUGUUCUUUCACAGAGUGGAUUCGGACCAAAUAAUAUAUGAGGAAAAAAAGAAAACAUGUAAAUUAAUUGGUAAAUAUGUUAUGGGUGACCUUUUGGGGGAGGGGAGUUACGGAAAAGUUAAAGAGAUGCUCGACUCGGAAACCCUCUGUCGGAGAGCUGUUAAGAUUUUGAAGAAAAAAAAACUCCGCAGGAUACCCAACGGCGAACUCAAUGUUCAACGGGAAAUUCAAAUGCUGAGGAUAUUGAAACAUAAAAAUGUUAUCGGGUUGGUGGACGUUUUAUAUAAUCACGAAAAAGAAAAGAUGUAUUUGGUAAUGGAAUUUUGCGUGGGAGGUUUACAGGAUAUGCUGGAAAGCACACCUCACAAGAAAUUUCCGCUCUGGCAAGCGCACGGAUAUUUUAACCAACUCUUGGACGGCCUUGAAUACCUUCACGGCAAGGGAAUCGUUCACAAAGAUAUUAAACCUGGAAAUUUACUUUUGACGCUAGACGGUACUCUGAAAAUUAGCGACCUUGGUGUAGCUGAGGCCUUGGACAUGUUUGCCAAGGAUGACACAUGCACGGCGGGCCAAGGCUCUCCGGCAUUUCAACCUCCAGAAAUUGCUAAUGGCUGUGAAACAUUUGCUGGCUUCAAAGUAGACAUUUGGAGCAGUGGAGUCACUUUAUAUAAUAUUACAACAGGCGAAUACCCCUUCGAAGGGGACAAUAUUUACAAGUUAUAUGAGAAUAUUGGAAAAGGUGAAUAUAAAAUACCAGAGGCUGUAGACAAUUCCUUACGAUCACUGUUAGAGGGAAUGCUUCAAAAGGAAGUCGACCGAAGAUUUACGCUGCAGCAGAUCAGGCAACAUUCGUGGACAUUGUGGAGACCGCCUAAGACACUGGAAGAAGUCCCUGUACCACCUCUAAGGGGUGACGAAUGGCACACUAUGACUGUUCUUCCAUACCUUAUAGAACACCAUUAUGGAGUCGAAACAAAUCCUACCUAUUACACAGAACAUCAACUCAAUGAAGAAAGAAAACUUCAGGAAUUGGACAGAAGUAUCGGAGAUCAAAAAGAAGCGUGUAAUAGUCAUAUCAAACAAAUUGGUCACCACGGAAAGAGAAGAUGGCGUAAACCGAUAUCGUGUAUCAGCGUAAAGAAAUUUCCAUCUUGUAAACCAUCGUGAUUCAUUUUAAUAUAUAUGUCACCAAGUAUUCUUACUGACUGUGUCAGUUGUUAUGUAAUAUUUUCUCUAUCUUGGAGAUGGAACUGGAAAUUAUAUUUACCGACUGCGGAAAGAGUGGAGAAUGCGAGAAAUGAUACAGAAAAUAUUCGUUUCAUGCGACCAAUUUGAAACGCGGUUUGACGUGAUGGUAAUUAUUGAUUAAAAUAAUUCAGAAAUAUUAUGAAUUAUCAAAUAAUUACGUCAAAGAUUUUUACAAGUUAUUUAUUAUAUUUUUAUUUACGUUAUUCGGUCAAAACUUGAGGUAAAAAAAAAAAACUUGAAAUAUAACGAUGUGUUAAACGAUCCUCUAUUCGCAUCUCAGCACUCUUUCCGAAUCUACUCAAGCAUUCUACUUUUCGUUGAGGUGUUUGUUGACUUUUUUUUUUUUCCUUCGAGAUAAAAAUUGUACCUCCUUAGAAACUCUGACUUGUAAUUAGCUGUCGAAAGUUAAUAUUUAUACGUCAUGAAUCCCCUUCUAAAUCACACUGUAAUAUGUUUCAGGCGCAUAACUGCAUACCUAUAUUAGAUUAUCUACUUUGAUCAUAUUCGAUAAAACAUAUUACUUUUAUGAAAGGAAUCGCCGCAAGAACGACAAAUCUCUGAUAUAAACAAAAUUAAAAAAAAAAAUUAAUAAACAAUUAAUCAAAAAACUCGAGCUGUUCUAUGACUGCCAAAAAUUUUAACGUAUAAAUCAGUAAGAAUAAAAAAGUUUUAUAUUUAAUUUAAUCAGAA